AGAAACGUGUCUGGCAGGGUGGGCAGUGCUCUAGCCCAGUGCACACGCGCAUUAUGAAGUACUUAACGCUCUUGGCUGUUCUGCUCUUGGCCACGUUGGCCUUUGUCCAAGCUGGCAAGGUGACCAUCAAGGGCGAGUGCAAAGACUGUAACCACGACCGCACGACAACAACCACCCGCAAGCCUGCAAGCCCCACCCGGGGACAUGGACGCCAGACGACGGCCAAGCCCAAGCCAAAGGCAGCUUCAGGGGGCCGUCAACCAGUGUCAGAUGAGGACGAUUCGGCUGGGGACUGGUCAUUGCACCAGACAGCUGGUGGAUCUCAGCACAUAGGAAGACGCCACAGACGUCAGUGGGAGCCGCGUGGCCAGUACAUCAAUCUUGGCGGAGCCAGCGGCGGAGGGUGGACAGGAGACGGCCGAGUGACUACCAUCGAUUCUCGGGGCUAUCCAGGAACCCUUGUGCGCAACAAUGACUGCGUCGGUUGCAACAUUCGCGGCUGAACCGUUGCGGAAGGGGGAGGGGGAUGGCUACAAAAAAGUUGAUCUGAAUAAUUAAAUAAAGGCUAGACAGCUGUGCGCUUCGUGGAAAACCCA